UGCGUGUGGAUUGUUUCAUUUCAAGAAUUCAAAAUGGCUACCGCCAAAACAUAAUUUUUUUCGAGACGGUUUCCAUAGGGACAGACGCCGUUUCGUCGCAUUUUCUCUUGUUAUAACCCCAGAGGAUUGAUUUCUAAUUCAUCAGACAAUACCAGGCACCUAUCGGUCUUUGCGAAAUUCUUAGGAAACCUUGUUUUGUUCCUGGUUCGAAGCUGAUCGCGAAAAAUUAUGGCGUCUGAAGUUGUCGAUCUCGGUGGUGAUGAGUUGUGGAAAUUCGAGGCGGAAAAUGACGUUGAGAUGGAAGCUCCCAAGAAGUCUGUGCGGAUCUCAGUGUCUCUGAUUGCCAAGAGGAACCUGCCAGCUGGGAUCACAAAGGAGUCAGACAAGCUUGUAGCAGCACUGAUGAAACUUACACAUCUUCGACUGGACAGAGAAAACAUUGGUGAGAUUGACAACCUGGAGUGUCUGGGACCGAUUACAAACAUCUACCUACAGCAGAAUCAGAUAAAGAAGAUUGAAAAUUUGGAGUGCCUCCCUAAAAUAAGGUUUCUGUGCCUAGCAGGUAACCAGAUCUCCAAGGUUGAGAACCUGCAGCACCUGACUGGUCUGGGCUUUCUGGACCUGUCUGAGAACCGGAUAGACGAGGUCAACCCAGAGGAAUUGCCCAAGAGUCUGGUGAUUCUAACCUUGAAUGGAAACCCAUGUACAGAGAGGUCAGACUACAGGAAACAGCUGAUCCAGGUGCUUCCAAAACUGCAGCAGCUGGAUGGACAGCAGGUGACCCGGCAGGAGAAAAUGGAGGCGGGGCUGGAGGUGUCAGAUGAUGAGGAUGAUGAAGGUCUGGAGGAUGAUGAUGAUGACGACAAGGAUGAUGAUGAUGAGGAAACUGAUGCUGUGGAAGGAAAGGGCAUGUUCCACGACGUGACCUGUGGGAUCGUGGAGAGGUCGCACGAGCGGGUUAAGGACGUACUUCGGCAGCAUAAGGAUCACAUGACUGAACUGGAGGAGGUCCGCAGCCAAUCAGCACUCACCAUGGCAGCCACACCCAGAUUGAGUUCCAGGAUGAGUGAGAGAGCAGACGCUGAUUAACAGAUCAUGUAGUGAGG